AUGGAAGAACCAAAAGGGAUUGUCCGUCAUUUAUAGACAUUGUAAGAUCCAUAAUUGUCUCGAUCAUACAGAGGACAUUAAAAAACGUAUUGUCUAUCAUUUGAUCCAUAAAUGAGGUAAUUGGCAUCUGGAGGGAAUGAUUCAAUAAUAUAUGUCUAUAGUUUCAAGCCUUAAGGAAGACCAUUUAAAUUUAAUGGACACAAAGGAGCAGUGUACAGUGUGUAAUUUUCACCAGAUGGUUAGAUAAUUGCAAGUGGAGGAGAAGACAGGACAAUCAGAUUAUGGAAGAAUUCAGUGUAACUAUUUAACAAUAUAAGUUGUAUAGUUUAGGAAAAUGUACAGCAAUAAAAGGACACAUUGGUAGUGUGAGAUCAUUAUCAUUUUCUUCAGAUAGUAGUAUGAUAGUGUCUUCUUCUGAUGAUAAAACAAUAAAGGGUUGGAAUGUAUUAAAGAACAACUUUAUGUUUUCAUUAGCUGGACAUACUAAUUGGGUAAGAUAAGCAAAGUUAUCUCCAGAUUCUAGAUUAGUAGUUUCUGGUUCAGAUGAUUCAACUGUUCGUUUAUGGGAUGUUAAUAUAUCAAAAGAAUUAUAGAAAUUCAAAUGUGAAGAUUCAAUAUAUACAAUUGAUUGGAUUAGUGAUGGAACUACAAUAUGUGCAGGUUCUUUGGAUGGAAAAAUUAAGCUAUGGGAUGCACGUUCAAUGAGAUUAAUUUAAUAUUAUGAAUGCAGUAAAAAAUCAGUAAAUACAAUCAAUACUCAUCCUAGUGGUAAUUUUUUAUUGUCUGGUGAUGAUGAAAGCAAUCUUAAAAUAUUUGAUCUUAGAUAAGGAAGAUUAGCAUGGUCAUUAUAUUCCCAUUCAUUACCAAUUAAAUAGGUGUAAUUUAAUUAUGCAGGAGAUUAUUUUGCAUCAGCAGGAUUGGAUUCAAAUGUUUUAGUUUGGUAAUCUAAUUUUGAUGAAAAUAUGAAACCUUGUAAUGUUAUUAAUUUUGUUGAUAAAAAUUUAUCAAAUGAUGACUCAUAAACAUUAACUUCAUCAAAUUAAUUUAAAGUGCCUUAAACUACAUUUAAAGCAAACAAAUAAUAAAACAAAAUAAAUUAUGAAAACUAGACUUCUUAAUCUUUAUUGGUGAAUCCAACUCAUCAAAGUCCAUUAGCAUAAAUGUUAUCAACAAAAUUUGAGAAAAUAGUGUCCUAAAUGGACUAAGUAACAUAAUUAAUAGUGUCAAUAGAUAAAAGGAUAAGUUCAAAUGAGGAUCAAGUGAAAAAAUUAUUAUAAGUAAUAUAUAUAUAAUUGAUGUUUAGAAUGAGAGAGUUAAAUCAAUUUUGAGUGUUUAUGAAGAAUAAUAUAAGGAACCUUAUUAGAAGGCUGCCGUUUGGGAGAAUUAUAGAAACAAAUAAUAAUAAAAUAAUAAUCAAUUGACUUUAUAGCAAUAAUAAUAAUUGUAAGAUUAAGAACCUGUAUUUGGAACAGGAUCAUUUAUGAGGGAUGGAGAACUGGAGGAUUUUCCAGAAGAAAGUGAAUAGAAAUUAAAAUAAGAAUAUGAAGAAGAAAAGUAUAAAUUGUAAUAAGAACAUUUAUUGGAUACUGAUUAAAAUCAAUAAACAUUUAAUGUGACUGGAGAAUAGAAUAUUUUUCAAACAGGAGCCUUGGAUGGAACUUUGAGCAAUUAAAAUAAUUAUAACAAUACAUUUUCUUUAACAUUUACUUAGAGAUAGAAUUUACAAGAUUAGUUGAAUAAUUUAGGAGAUUGGAGGGAAUAACUAGAAUAAGUAUAAAGAGAAGUAAUGGAAAACUAAUAAGAUAAUGAUUAGUUUAUAAGGGAAGUUAAUGAAGAGGAAGAGGAAUAGUAGGAUCAAUAAGAUAUACAAUAAUAAUAAGAGCAUUAAGGAUAGUAGGUAGAAAUUUAAGAGGAAGAACAUCCUAUUUAAGAAGACUUUCAAGAUGAACAAGGAAAUUAAGGAGAAGAAGAAAUUAGAUAUCAAGAUCAAGGAGCACAAGAAUGAAC